CUCCUCUGGCGGGCACUCGAAACCGCCCGGCCUCAAGCGGGCGCCCUUCCUGCCUGGCGGAGUCCGCUGAGCUCAGACCGCGACGCCUCGCCAGCUACGCGACGGCGCGGGCUCGUGAAGGGCGGAGCAGCACAUCAUGCAGGAUCCCAAUGAAGAUACAGAAUGGAAUGACAUUUUAAGAGACUUUGGCAUUCUACCUCCUAAAGAAGAGCCAAAAGAUGAAAUUGAAGAAAUGGUUUUACGUUUACAGAAAGAAGCAAUGGUUAAACCAUUUGAAAAGAUGACUCUUGCACAGCUGAAGGAAGCUGAAGAUGAAUUUGAUGAAGAAGAUAUGCAAGCUAUUGAAACAUAUAGAAAGAAGCGGUUACAGGAAUGGAGAGCUCUUAAGAAAAAACAAAAAUUUGGAGAAUUAAGAGAAAUUUCUGGAAAUCAGUAUGUAAAUGAAGUCACAAAUGCAGAAAAAGAUGUGUGGGUUAUAAUUCAUCUAUACAGAUCAAGCAUCCCAAUGUGUUUGUUGGUUAACCAGCAUCUUAGUCUUCUAGCAAGAAAGUUUCCAGAAACUAAAUUUGUUAAAGCCAUCGUGAAUAGCUGUAUUCAACACUACCAUGACAAUUGUUUACCAACAAUUUUUGUUUAUAAAAAUGGUCAGAUAGAAGCCAAAUUCAUUGGAAUUAUAGAAUGUGGAGGGAUAAAUCUCAAGCUGGAAGAACUUGAAUGGAAGCUAGCAGAAGUUGGAGCAAUACAGACUGAUUUGGAAGAAAACCCCAAAAAAGACAUUGUAGAUAUGAUGGUAUCUUCAAUUAAAAACACUUCUAUUCAUGAUGACAGUAAUAGCUCCAACAGUGAUAAUGAUAACAUAUAGAGAGAAAUAUUCAAUAAACAGCUUUUAAAGUGUAU